GCGACAUCUGUUCCCAUAUCACUCCCUUGACUGGUAAUCUUCCCUUCCAUAGAAUCUCUUUACACAAUUACCCUUAUCCCUUCUUAUUAAACAUCAUAUUAUCUCCAUAAUGGCAUCAGGCUCAAUGUCUUCUCACGGCUCUGACUCAUGGACUGCUAAGCAGAACAAAGCCUUUGAAAGGGCUCUAGCAAUCUACGACACGGACACUCCUGACCGUUGGUACAAUGUUGCCAAGGCUGUGGGCGGUAAGACACCAGACGAGGCAAAGCAACACUAUGAACUCCUGGUGCGAGAUGUUGACAGCAUUGAGAAAGGCCAUGUGCCAUUCCCAGACUACAAGAAUACUGGAGGCAGCAUCUACGGCAAGCUGACUGGGGAGGAAAAGAGGAUGAGAAAUCUGAAGCUGCAGUAAACCAACAAAGCAAGAAAGCCUAACUACGUAUAAUCAUCAAGAAUAAAAGGGACGCAUCGACGUGUUCCUGCAACGUCAACGAUCAAUUAUCGUUUGUAUUCCUAUUUCCAAUGUUUCCGCCAAGCGCAGACGCUAUUAUCGAGGAAAAACCCCUCGAAUCCAUGAAUCAAUCAAUCAAGCUGUAUUUAGGGUUCUUCGAAAUGGAAAAAUCCAGUGCAAUAAUCAACAAAUAUUGACAACGAAGAA